GUGGGUCGGGGUCAGCUGCUGUGGGUGGGUCGGCGUGGGGAACUGUGGGCGGCCACCGCGUCUCCUGCCGCUGCCCUUCUUCCGCCACGAUGCCUGGGAUCGACAAGCUGCCUAUCGAAGAGACGCUGGAGGACAGCCCGCAGACAAGGUCUUUACUGGGUGUAUUUGAAGAAGAUGCUACAGCUAUUUCCAACUAUAUGAACCAGUUGUAUCAAGCUAUGCGUCGGAUUUAUGAUGCACAGAAUGAAUUAAGUGCAGCAACACACCUGACAUCAAAACUUUUAAAAGAAUAUGAAAAACAGCAUUUUCCUUUGGGGGGUGAUGAUGAAGUUAUGAGCUCUACUUUGCAACAGUUUUCAAAAGUUAUAGACGAGCUUAGCUCUUGUCAUGCGGUACUUUCAACACAGCUUGCUGAUGCCAUGAUGUUCCCCAUUACCCAGUUUAAAGAAAGAGAUCUGAAAGAAAUAUUGACAUUAAAGGAAGUGUUUCAGAUUGCUAGUAAUGAUCAUGAUACUGCAAUUAACAGAUAUAGCCGAUUGUCAAAAAAAAGAGAAAAUGACAAGGCGAAAUAUGAAGUAACAGAAGAUGUCUAUACUUCCAGAAAAAAACAACACCAGACCAUGAUGCAUUAUUUUUGUGCAUUAAAUACUCUUCAGUACAAGAAGAAAAUAGCAUUGUUAGAACCUCUACUUGGGUAUAUGCAAGCUCAGAUAAGUUUCUUUAAGAUGGGUUCUGAAAAUCUCAAUGAACAACUGGAAGAAUUCUUAACUAAUAUUGGAACAAGUGUACAGAAUGUUCGCAGGGAAAUGGACAGUGAUGUAGAGAACAUGCAGCAGACAAUAGAGGAUUUGGAAGUAGCCAGUGACCCUUUAUAUGUGCCUGAUCCAGAUCCCACAAAAUUUCCUGUUAAUCGAAACUUAACCCGAAAGGCCGGAUACCUUAAUGCUAGGAAUAAAACAGGCUUGGUGUCAUCUACCUGGGACAGACAGUUUUACUUCACUCAGGGUGGAAACUUAAUGAGUCAGGCCCGUGGGGACGUAGCAGGAGGCUUGGCCAUGGACAUAGACAACUGUUCAGUAAUGGCUGUGGACUGUGAAGACAGGCGGUAUUGUUUUCAGAUCACCUCUUUUGAUGGAAAAAAAUCUUCAAUUUUGCAAGCAGAGAGUAAAAAAGACCAUGAAGAGUGGAUCUGUACAAUAAACAACAUAUCUAAACAAAUAUAUUUAAGUGAAAAUCCAGAGGAAACUGCUGCACGAGUAAAUCAGUCAGCUUUGGAAGCCGUCACUCCCUCCCCAUCUUUCCAGCAGAGGCACGAGAGCCUGCGGCCCGCAGGGCAAUCUCGACCAUCGACUGCUCGAACCAGCAGUUCGGGAUCUUUAGGAUCUGAGUCCACAAAUUUGGCUGCUCUCUCUCUAGAUUCUCUUGUUGCUCCAGACACCCCAAUACAGUUUGACAUCAUUUCUCCUGUGUGUGAAGAUCAGCCUGGGCAGGGGAAAGCCUCUGGCCAGGGAGGCAGGCGUACAAAUCCAUUUGGAGAAUCUGGAGGCAGUCGAAAAUCUGAAACUGAAGAGUCUAUUCUUCAUCAGUUAUUUAUUGUUCGAUUCCUUGGUUCUAUGGAGGUGAAAUCAGAUGACAGUCCAGAUGUUGUUUAUGAAACAAUGCGCCAAAUCUUAGCUGCCCGGGCCAUCCAUAACAUCUUUCGUAUGACAGAAUCACAUUUAUUAGUUACUUGUGAUUGUUUGAAGUUAAUUGAUCCACAGACACAGGUUACAAGGCUCACGUUUCCAUUACCUAGUGUAGUUUUGUAUGCUACACACCAGGAAAAUAAGAGACUUUUUGGAUUUGUUCUUCGCACAUCUGGAGGGAGAAGUGAAAGUCAUCUGUCAUCCGUCUGCUAUAUAUUUGAAUCAAACAAUGAGGGGGAAAAGAUUUGUGAUUCUGUUGGACUGGCAAAACAGAUAGCUUUGCAUGCAGAACUGGACUUAGAAGAACAAAGUCGGUUGAUAGCUGCUUCCAGUAGACCAAACCAAGCCAGUAGUGAGGGGCAGUUUGUUGUCCUUAGCAGUAGCCAAUCAGAAGAGAGUGAUUUGGGAGAAGAAGGAAAGAAGAGAGAGUCAGAAGCAUAAACUUAUCCUUGCUUUGGGUUGAUAAUUCCCCCUUCAAAUUUAUUGACAAUUUCUGUGGUGAAAUGACACCUGGUAACAACUAUGUUGAAAUGUCAAGGAGGAGACUAAAGUUUAUAUUUGCUUGUUUGUUUUAACUUUGUUUUUAAAAAUCAGGUUGACCUUGAUGAAUUAGGUUUGCAUUGAUUUCCUUUCCUGAAAAAUAAUACACUAUGCAGUAACAUCAAAUUCCACAUGUCUAAAAGAAUCCUGUUCAUCUCCCUCAAGUAGAUUGCUGAGGAAUUACACUUGUUCAAGCCUUUUUUCCUUCAAAUUGUGAAUUUGUCAUCUUGCAUUGUAACUGGCUAUGGCCGUAAGAAAUCAUUUAUUCUUCAGCUUCAGAUAUUCAUGCUUAUGCUUCCUCUCUUCAAUUAAUAACAUUUUAUUGGUGGUACGCUUUUCCCUUCUCCUGCUUCUUACCCCACAGGUGUGUACCUCCUAAACUCUAAGGGACCCCAUGAGACUUGCAACCAGGGGAGCAAUGGGUAUCCGCAGUUCAUCCCAACCUAACCCCCUGAACCUGUCCCCAAGGCCCCUUUUGCUCUGACUUCCCAGUGAGCUGACAGCAGCACCUCCUUGGCUCACUUUUUUCACUGUGACUUUUAUUUCUCAGUGAGCCAAAGCAGCUCCUCCUAGGCUCAUUUCUCUCCUGUGACAUUUCUAGAGCGCCGAAGCAGCCCCGCCUAGGCUCUCCUGUUGGUUCUUCUGUCCUAAGCUCUUCCUUGUUUCAUUGUUCCCAGCUUUAAUAUACUCUCAA